AUAUCCACCUGCUAAGAAACGUCUUCCAUGAAGAGCAGCUCUGCGAGCGCCAUGGGCGACCGGACGAUCGCGGCCGAGUUCGAGGGCACGCUUCUCAAAGAAGACGACCCCUUCCCUUACUUCAUGCUCCUUGCCUUUGAGUCCAACUCGUUGGGUUUGUUCCGGUUCGCUCUGCUCUUGUUGCUGUGUCCGGUUCUUAAAUUGUUGGGCCGGAUGGGCCACGAUGAGUUGGUCUUGCGGGUGAUGGUGUUUGUGGCCGUGGCGGGGGUGGAGGCGGCGGAGGUAGAGGCGGCGGCACGGGCAGUGUUGCCCAAGUUCUUCAUGGAGGAUGUGGAUAUUGCAGCAUGGCAGGUAUGUCGGUCGUUCGCGAGAGGGAGGAGGGUGGUGGUGACGCGGUGGCCGCGGGUGAUGGUGGAGCGGUUUGCCAAGGAGCAUUUGUGCGCAGACAUAGUGGUCGGGAGAGAGAUUGGAGUGAACCGGUUCGGAUUCGCCACCGGUUUGAUCAAGGAGGAGGAGCACGUGGUGAAAUUGGCAAGAGUGUUCGGUGGGGAACCGAUCGAUGUAGGGUUGGGUCGACCGGAGUCGGACCGUGGUUUUUUGUCUCUAUGCAAGGAAAAAUACCACUCUUCGAUUCCAUUGCUGCCGACCGAGCCGAGUCAGACCGGACUAGUCGAGCCGAACCGGCCUCGGCCGGUGAUAUUCCACGACGGCCGGCUCGUCCUCCGGCCCACGCCUCUGACGUCCCUGCUCAUCCUCCUCUGGUUCCCGCUCGGCCUCGCCCUCGCCGUCCUCCGCAUCGCCGUCGGCCUCCUCGUCCCCUUCCGGUGGAUGCCCUUCGCCGCCCCGCUCUUGGGCGGCAAGCUCAUCGUCCGCGGCCGCCCCCCGCCCGCCACCAGCAGCGGCGUCCUCUUCGUGUGCACCCACCGCACCCUCAUGGACCCGGUGGUCCUCGCGGCCGUGCUCGGCCGGAGCAUCCCCGCCGUCACCUACUCCAUCUCCCGCCUCACCGAACUCCUCUCCCCCAUCCCCACCGUCCGGCUUAGCCGCGACCGGACCGUCGACGGCGCCCGCAUCCGGGCCGAGCUGGCGCGCGGCGACCUCGCGGUGUGCCCCGAGGGGACCACCUGCCGGGAGCCGUUCCUUCUCCGGUUCAGCGCUCUGUUCGCGGAGCUCACCGACCGGAUCGAGCCGGUGGCGUUGAACCACCGGGUGGGGGUGUUCCACGCGACGACGGCGAGGGGCUGGAAGGGGAUGGACCCGGUCUACUUCUUCAUGAACCCGAGGCCGGUGUACGAGGUCACCUUCCUGGGCCAGCUUCCGGCGGAGGCCACGUGCGGCGCCGGCGGGAGGAGCGCUUACGACGUCGCCAACCACGUGCAGAGGAUGCUGGCGGCGGCGUUAGGGUUCGAGUGCACCAACUUCACGAGGAGGGACAAGUACAGGGUGCUCGCCGGCAACGAUGGCGUCGACGGGAACUCCAAAUCGCCGGCGACGACGUGGCCGUGGUCGGUCAGAGUAAAAGAGGUGCUGCGAUUCCUGCUACAUUAGGCGACGGCUUGGUUUCAGUGUUUUAUGUGAUUGAAAAGAAGUUAUCUGGUAAUAAAUAUUGUAUACGAAUUAUAUUCCAUUUUUCAAAAUAUUGUUUUUUAAUUUAAAAAAUUACUUUUUUGUUAUAUAAAAAUUCUAUAAGAUAUGUUUUGACAGUAACUAUAGUAGAAAGGAGAGGAGAAAAGGUGAUAACU